UAAACCUGACUACUUAGCAGUUUGAUAGCAACAAUGUCAGACUUACCACUUGAUAUUAUAAGUGACAUACUAAAACUUUUACCUGUUAAGUCUCUCCUUCGAUUCAGGUGCUUAUCAAAAUCAUAUUGUUCUUUAAUUGACAGUCGCGAUUUUAUAAUCCUUCAUCUAUCUCAAUCUAACAAUACAAACGCCAAUCGUAACUUCUUCAUUGUUCAACCAAAUAAAUACGAUUGUAUGAAUAACGAAAUAUAUACAGUAAAUUUAGAUUAUUCAAACCCCCACCUAGCGGAAUGUGAUCACAAUAAAAUCAAUACUAUUAAUUUAGAUUAUCUAGUGGGAUGUGAUCACCCUUUUUCUAUUAUUCCUGAAGAUAUUUGGGAAUGCCCGAAAACUUGUCUUAUAUUUGGUUCGUGCAAUGGCUUAGUCGCAUUGUAUCAUCCUCAACGGGGAAUGUUCCUGUGGAAUCUAUCAACCAAAAGGCACCGAAAGCUACCUGAUUUUUGGGGACGGAGUCAGGAGAUUCUUAGCUCGUGUUAUAUUCUUGAUGGGUUCGGCUAUGAUCCCGUCAGCGACGAUUACAAGUUGGUCAGGAUCCGGGCAAUUGAUAGAAAGAGGAGAAAAGGAUCCAUAGCUUUGGUGUAUAGCGUAAAACAUAAUUCUUCAAGACGGAUCGAGGAUUUUAAUUAUAAUGUUAGUAGGUAUAGAAAUUGUGGCACGCUUGUUGGUUCUUGUUUGCACUGGAUUGUUUCACAACCACGUAAUUCAUCCGAUCAGCUGAUCGUUGGUUUCAAUCUGGAAGACGAAAAGUACCGCGAGAUUCCGAUUCCUGAUUUUGAUGAUAAACUCUAUAAGUGCAAGGAAUUAGGGGAAUUAGGAGGAAGGCUGAGUAUGAGCGUGGAUGAGAACUACAAGUCCGUUGGGAUUUGGGUGAUGAAGGAAUAUGGAGUGAGGGACUCAUGGAUUCAAAUAUUCUCUGUAUGCAAAGCUAAUUUAAAAUGUGUUAAGCCAAUCGGGUAUUCGAAAACUGGCCAUAAACUCUUACUGCACGUCGGUGGCCCUAAAUUAUAUUUAUUGGAGUGUGACCUACAGGGGGAGGAGUCCCAAACAUCUCAGCAAAAUCACAUCUCCGGGUUCAACCAAGCACGAAAGGUGUCCGACAAACGCGUUCGGAGGAUUAACAUAUUAGAAGCAGGCAAAUUCUCCCGAUUUGAUUCAACUAUAUGUGUAAGUAGCCUUGUCCCGGUCCAUGUUUGACGCGGAAUAGUAUGUUAUACAAAUCGAAACUGAUUUAGAGAUUUACGCUAUACUAGCUGAUUUUUGAUCCUAGGAUUCAUGAAUUAAACCUCUAUGUGAUUCAAUGUCUUG